UUCACAUCUUGCAGCCCCUAGAGCCGGCAUGGCCAUGAAAUCAGACAAGAGGCCGCAUUACGAGCCUGACUUCGCGAAGGUUGACUCCAUUCUCCGGCACCUCCAACAGACAGAGAGUCACGACUGGCUCGGGGAGAUCACUCACUGGGGAACACAGGUUUGCUAUUUACUGCUGCAGAACUACAACAUCACACGCCUCAACAUCCAGAGUAGCAACUUCCAUCUCAUCCUGCUCACCACGUUUUUCUUUGCUCAACGUAUUUGGUUCUUCCUGUGGCGGAUGACGCAGUUCUCGGAUGCGCACGGUGUUCGCUUCGCGUGUCACCUUACCCUGUUCUUCGUUAUGGUGGAUUCUUUGUACUGUGGCUUGACUCUUGCCAUGCAGGACUCUUUCGCGGGAGUCUACUUGGCGUUGCCAUUGCUUUUGAGUGUCCUCUUUUACCACGGUUAUUUGAAGUCGCAGACCAAUGUGUUCACUGCUGAGCUCUUCAACAUGCUAAGACGAUGUGUCUAUCACAGCCUUGAAGCUGCCUAUUGCAUCGGGGUCCUGCCGUUGAGGUUCGUCCGGUACGACUACAUUUAUUACGACACAUCUCGAUGCGCGUUCUUGACCUUUCUGGUCACUGUGCACAUCUUUCUGAGCUUCCUGUGCCUGGAGUUGCACUGUCUCGGGUCAGAGGCGUUGCAGCAGACUCGGAUGCUGGGCGAGUGGCGGCGAAUUGCGGAACCGGGCCCCAAGCAGGGCAAGCCCGCAGAGUGGUCCUCUUACGGCGGUCCAUAUCCAAGAGGCGCAGUGGUUCUUUGCAAAGGUCGCUACUACGAAGCACUGGCAGCCCAGAAUACCUGUAUGCCGACAAGCCUGCGACUAUGGCCAAUUGUGUUCAUCUUGGGCGACUCGCAGCGGGCGAAGGCCUUCAUGUUGGUUGCCCUGUUAAUGCUGAACAUGGUGUUGGUGCAGCUUGUCCUCUGGUCCAACCAGUGGAUCAUGUAUGCAAUCAUGAUCAUCCCCAACGCCAUCCACUUUCUGUAUGUGAAGCUGAGAAAGACGCAUUCUUUCUUCAACCCUGCACAUCUCAAUCUCAGGCAGCUCCAGUGGGAUCUGAGGGGGAUGCCUCCAGGGCAAAGCGACCUGGGCAAAAAUUGCAGAGGCGCUCUGGACAGAGGCUGGGCGAGCGGCCUUUCCAAGGGACUGGCCGAGAUGAAACACCGCCACAAUGGUGAGCUCGGCAAUCAUUUUGCCGACAGUUUUGGUGAUUCGAGUUGCCCAGAUCCGCUGUUCAUGUCUGCUGUUGCAGCCUCAACAUCGUUCUUCUUCGGGAACGCCGGAUCCACGCGGUAUCCGGAUUUGGCUCCUUCAUGAGUGGGAAUCUGUUCCAUCCUUGCAUGCCUGGUGCAGCC